GUCCUGAAGACCGGGAGGGAGGGCACGCACGCUCGCUUUUAGGGUUCUGUUUUUUAUUUGGUACCAAACUCUAACGACCUACUCAGAAUUCUUCAAAUUCCAUCGCUAUCCCCCACCUACUGUGAUUCCGAUGGCCGGUGCCGGAAUCCACCCAUACCACCAGCAAUGGCCGCCGGCAGCUCAAGCUCCUCCUCCUCCGCCUCCUCCGGUCGCCGCCGGAGCUGCCGCAGCUCCUCCCCCUCACCAUCCCCCUCCAAUCCUCGUCGAUAACCCUAAUCGCCCCGCUACAGAUGAGGUGCGAACGAUUUUCAUAACUGGUCUUCCUGAGGACGUGAAAGAGAGAGAGCUUCAGAACCUGUUAAGAUGGUUACCGGGAUACGAGGCUUCCCAAGUGAAUUUCAAAGGCGAAAAGCCUAUGGGUUUCGCUCUCUUUUCUAGUGCUCAACAAGCCCUUGCUGCCAAGGAUACUCUACAAAAUAUGGUUUUCGAUGCGGAAUCCAAGUCAGUGCUGCACACAGAGAUGGCCAAGAAAAAUCUUUUCGUCAAGAGAGGAAUAGUAGCGGAUUCAAGCAGUUAUGAUCAAAGUAAACGCUUACGAACCGGUGGUGACUACUCGCAUGCUGGCUAUUCAAGUCCAUCUCCUUUUCAUCCUCCUGCACCUGUUUGGGGACCACAUGGGUAUAUGGCUCCACCUCCUCCUCCAUAUGAUCCAUAUGGAGGCUAUCCUGUUCCUCCUGUACCAAUGCCUGCUCCUGCUCCUUUACCAGCACCUAGCAGUUAUGUACCUGUGCAGAACACAAAAGACAAUCCACCGUGCAAUACUCUAUUUAUUGGCAAUCUGGGCGAGAACAUCAAUGAGGAAGAACUGAGGGGCCUGUUCAGCGUACAACCGGGCUUUAAGCAAAUGAAAAUCUUGAGACAGGAAAGGCAUACUGUGUGUUUCAUUGAGUUUGAAGAUGUGAACAGUGCUACCAAUGUACACCAUAAUUUGCAGGGUGCGGUUAUCCCCAGUUCUGGCUCUGUAGGCAUGAGAAUACAAUAUUCAAAAAACCCAUUUGGGAAAAGGAAGGAUGGCAACCAUGCAGGCAUAGCUUCUGCUGUCGGUGGAACUCCGCCGCCUGCACUGACAUACCAGUAGCUUGAAGGGGAUGUACUCUGUUCCUUAUGCUCCGACAAAUACAACUACUACAUGAUAGGAUGCAUCUUGCAGCUGUUGCAUGCAUCCAUUUCAUAUCAAGUCAUCAGCAUUCGCAUCCCUCCUCAUGUGAAUGAAUGCACAUAGUGGGCAUCAUGAACAUACCAUUUUGGCCAUGUUAUAUUAACUUACGCAAGACAUGCAUUUUCCAGUAAUAUUUCUUAAUGCCUGGAUUUUAGGGGCUUAAAUGUUAUCACUUGUAGGAGAAGUGGGUGCAUUGGUCUGCAGGUUUGUUGGAUUUGUGUGCUUUUCUUCCUCAUUAAGUUGCUGUACAUUAACACUAGGAUUGCCUAUCUAAUAGACAUAUCGCUGUGUAAUCUAUCUUUUCUCUAUUAGGUUUGAUUAAACGUCUUCGGUCAACCAGUCAUCUAAAGAUGAUUUUCGUUAUUCAUUUCAUGGCAUGGCUUUCUUAUGGAAGACCUAGGAUAUCACUACACCAUGUUUCCCAUUCCAUCAAUCACCAUUAUCAUUGCCAUCAGCACAACAUUGUACAUAACUUGAGCAAUCAUUAGGUCAUCAUUUUAGUAGGAAACUGGUAAUGAUUUCUGAGCAUUCAAGAUUAGAGGAAUAAUUAUUCCUAAAAAAAAAAAGUGGUAAUGAUAUGGAAGACCUAGGAUAGCACUACACCAUGUUUUCCAUUCCAUCAAUCACCAUUAUCAUCACCAUGAGCACAACAUUAUUGAGCAAUCAUUAGGUCAUCAUUUAAGUAGGAAACUGGUAAUGAUUUCUGAGUAUUCAAGAUUAGAGGAAUAAUUAUUCCCAAAAAAAAAAUGUUGGGAAUUAUAUGCUGUGCUGAUUUAUAUACAGGAUUUCAUACAAGAAAGCUUCUAUUCAUUUGAGGAGGUCAGGUGUUGCGGCUGCUCAAGUGAAUUCUUUCAUGUAUUUCAAGUGAAGCUGUGUCCAUUUUCUAGGGGCUUAGAGUUGAGAUAUUGCUAGCAUACUCUUUGCAAUGUCAUCUUUGAGUGGAAUAUUGCUAGAAUUUAACUACAGCUUGGAUUUUAAAAGUAAUGAAUUUAAUUAGUUUAUUCUUUAUGUUGGGGAUUUGGGUGUAGUAAUGAAUAUUAAAAAUUAGAAAGUGAAAUAAUUGGAUUUGAUCUCAA